ACGUCACUCCUCCGUGGGAGAAAUCUGAUGCUGCAGGUCUUGCACGUGGUCUGUUGUUUACUUCUUCCAGGAACAGUGGAAGUGCAGUCAGAUAGGGGGAGGAGGGGUAGUCGGCAGAAUUGUGAAACAGCUGUCCUGGAUAGAGUUACCUUGGAGAGGGGGAAAAAAGACGCGCAGGCUGACGUUAACACCGGGAAAAUGUCGAACUGAAUUCUCUGAUGUUUCCAUCUUCAGAGGCUCCGUAAACAGCGCGAUACCUGAACAACUAGGAUGUUUCAGCUUGGAAGUCUGCUGAGCCAGCUCCAUCUCAGCUCCAAAGCUUCAGAAGCUGCUCAUGGCCAAAUCCCAAAGCAGACACCGACAGUACCUGACUUUUUACAAAGCGUGAUGAAACUCACCGGGCUGAAAAAGGAAUAUGUUUUCUGUAAUCUGCGUAUCCCCGACCAGCUUCAGACAGCCAAAGAUGACAUCAACCUUGUCAUCCUUUCAGGUCAUGGAAUCUUCUGCAUAGAUGUUAAACCCUGGAGAGGCACAGUGUCUGCUCACAACCAAAACUGGCAUGUGCAAGUGAAAGAAGAGGACCAGAACUUUACCAAUACCUGCAUUGAGCAGAUUGAAGAUCCACUCAAAGCUAUCAUGACUAAAACAGCAAACUUCUGCAGUCAUUUGAAGAGGAGUGGAGUGUCUGUGCGCCAAAGUCUCUUCUUCCCCAGAAUCAUCUUCCUCUCACCAGAUUGUGAACUGGAUAAGGAGCUGAGGAAGAAGAGGGAGCUGGUCUCCCACAGCCAAAUAGAGGACUUCCUCAAAUCUUUCAAGGAGGGCUAUAUUGCCUGGAUAUCAGAUGCGCUGACGCCCUCCUGGAUCUCUGGUCAUCUGUCGUACAGGCAGAUGGAAUCAGUGCGAGAGGUCCUGAGGAGGGUGGGAACGUGGGAUUUGGUGCGGCUGCACUGUGGCGAGCAGCUAAAAGGAGACUUCCAGAGCUGCCCGUAUAUCGCUCUCAACCGCCGGGAGACAGACACCCUCGAGUUUUCCAGUGUCAAGACCCUUUCUGCUGACUCGCUUUGGGCCCUGCUGGGACACGCUCCUCAGGUAACUGUUAAAAUGUAUAAGCGCGGAUCUAACAGCUGGCUGGGGAAAUCCCUGAAUGCCACCACCACCAUCCCCUCCAACACCUCUGUGAUCUUCAGGAUCAGCGGCGAAGAAUCAGAUGCUAAAAUCCCAGCAAACGCCAUUCACAGCAUCACGCUCAGCAUAUGACUGUGUGGAGAUAAUACAAACAGGAUCGCCAUCGCAACAUGGCACUGAAGAAGCAAGGGGAAGAAAAAUUGCUUACUUGUGUGUAGCAUCUUUUUUUAACUGAGUGCCUUUUAACAUGCAGUGUUUGUACUUUGCAAUAUUGUAGGACUUCCAGAUGUUUUUAUGUGCUCAUUUAUUGGGGAAAAAAGGAAAUAGAAAAAAGGUCCUAUUUGCCAAUUUCCCUGAUUCUCCUUAGUGACAAUAUUAUGUUAAUGUAGAUGGUUUCAGACAAUUAGCACGAUUAGCUUUCUCUUGUUUUGAAUUUCUAGGGCUGGCCCACACUUUACACUAGCCAUUAAUGAAUCAUUAUGCAAGCUGAUUGUGUCACACCGAUUUAGGACUGAAGUGUUUAAUGUGUUAAUUGUGGCGGUUAAAAACCGGUGGCCUCCGGCACAUCGAGGGCCGAGGAUGUAACUGCCUCUGUGGGUUUAAUGGGAAGUUAUUUACGGUCUGUUUAGACAGUGGAACUGUAAGGUGCUUUAUUAAUAUGCUCCACCGCACGGAGGAGAUGAUAACUAUUCAAGAGCACACGGGCACAGCAACCAGCACCAUUCAUAACUGUGUCUGAGUCACUUUCCAUCAGUUGCCCAGGCUUCCACAGCUGCGCUAACAGCUAGCAAUUGCAUUUACUGGGCCUGGCAGUGGUCAUAAUGAAGUUAUUCCCAACAGGAUAUCAGUGCCUUUAGCUAACAGCUCUCUCUGUUGAUGGUAUCUUUCUGUAUGGCAUGUCUACCUGAAACAUCAUUACACUGUACUCAAGCUACUCACUUUUUCAAAUGUCUGUUUACUGGUUUACCUGAGGGGCAGAUCAUUGGUGGUUUUAAAGCCAUCACUGAGUUGUUUACAUUGGUUGCUGCAUAUUUUUGAGACUGGUUGUUUUGUGGUUUGAGUCAACAUUGCUUGAAAUUAUAGGUGUUUUCAUGAAUUUAUUGCCUAUACAUAUUUAAACCUACAUAGUCCUCAGGAACUGUUUUCUCCAAAGCACUUGACAAACAAUAUUUGCAAUAUCAGAUGGUCUGGUAUGGGAAGGACUUCAAGGAAAUUACUAUGUGGAUAUCUGAUAAGUGGUGGGUGCAUGCACGUUUUACUGUAAUUUCAUUAUACAUUGAACCAUGCUUCUCAGUUGAUUUAUUCAGGCAUGUUUGCUUUAUUCAUUGGUGUGUGGGGUUUUUAGGCCAUUGAGCUAUCAAAUGUUUGUACCACGUGUUGUUGUAAUAAAGAGAUGUGACUAUUGA